AUGCCCACUUGGUGGGGUAAAAAGUCCAGUAAGAGCAAGGAGCAAGAAGACCACCACCCGCAUGGCAGCGGCGGCGGCGGCGGCGGCACCAGUGUUCUUCAAUUCAACUUCAUCAAGCCCAAGACGAGGUCCAAUAAGAGCCUCGAUGACGCCGCCCUCGUCCGGAAUUCCCCACGUGCCACCCGUGAUUUGGUUCACUCCGCCGCCGACUCCGACGAGAAGCGGGGCCUUCCCUUGCCUCGCCCCUCCGUCUCCUCCACCCAAAGCUUUUGCACCGACCAAGGCCUUAUCUUAGGAUCUGCCUCUUCAGGUUCUAGCUUCAGCUCCAGUGGCUCGUACGAUGAUCAACCCACCUAUCACUCUCAGAUUAAUGCCGCUAGAGGGCAAGGUGACGUGAAGUUCCAUGUGAGGUCUAAAAGCCCAGGUCCUGGGUCAAGAGGGCCAACCAGCCCAACAUCACCUCUUCAUCCGAAGUUGCUUGUUUUGAGUCUUGACUCUCCUACAGGCAGGCAAGAAGAUGGAAGGGGUGAAUGUCAUCCAUUGCCUCUUCCACCGGGUUCUCCUACCAGUCCUUCUUCUUUUCUUUCAAGCACAAGAGCAAAUGGAGUGGCAGAACACACUACCGGUACCCUUUCCAAGUGGAAGAAAGGAAAGCUUCUAGGACGGGGAACAUUUGGGCAUGUUUACCUGGGAUUCAAUAGUGAUAGUGGACAAUUGUGUGCAAUAAAGGAAGUCAGGGUUGUUUGUGAUGAUCAAACCUCAAAAGAGUGCCUCAAACAACUUAAUCAGGAGAUCAAUUUGCUCAGUCAGCUUUCACAUCAAAACAUUGUUCAAUACUAUGGGAGUGAUUUGGGAGAAGAAACACUUUCCGUUUAUUUGGAAUAUGUCUCUGGUGGUUCUAUUCACAAAUUACUUCAGGAAUAUGGGGCCUUCACAGAGCCUGUUAUUCAAAAUUAUACCAGACAGAUUGUCUCUGGACUUUCCUAUCUUCAUGGGAGAAACACAGUGCAUAGGGAUAUCAAAGGGGCUAACAUACUAGUUGAUCCUAAUGGUGAAAUCAAGCUGGCAGACUUUGGAAUGGCUAAGCAUAUAAAUUCUUCUUCCUCCAUGCUUUCUUUCAAAGGGAGUCCAUACUGGAUGGCACCUGAGGUUGUAAUGAAUACAAAUGGCUAUAGCCUUCCUGUUGAUAUAUGGAGCUUGGGGUGCACAAUUCUUGAAAUGGCAACAUCAAAGCCUCCUUGGAAUCAAUAUGAAGGGGUAGCUGCAAUAUUUAAAAUCGGUAACAGCAGAGAUAUGCCUGAAAUCCCUGAUCGUCUCUCAAGUGAGGCAAAGAAUUUCAUUCAGCAAUGCUUACAAAGAGAUCCAUGUGCCCGCCCAACAGCCCAACAGUUACUAGAUCAUCCCUUUAUUCGAGAUCAGUCAGCAACAAAAGCUACAAAUGUCAGAAUAACCAGGGAUGCUUUCCCCUACAUGUUUGAUGGAAGUCGGACGCCGCCGCCAGUUUUAGAUCAGUCCAAUAGAACUAGUAAAACUUCAUUGGAUGGAGAUUAUGCAACAAAGCGAGUUCCUGUUACUUCACGAGUAGUAAGGAGCCCAAGAGAUAACACAAGAAUGAUCACAUCUUUACCAGUAUCUCCCUGUUCAAGUCCAUUGCGACAGUAUGGGCCAGCCCACAAGAGCUGUUUGCUUUCUCCUCCACAUCCAACUUACACUUUGAUGGGGCAAAAUACCCUCCCGUCAUAUCCAGUGAGAUCAAAUGCCACAUUCACUCUUGAUCCUUUUCAUGAAACAUCUUUUUACAAAGCGCACACACCCGGUGGAUCCCCUAGAAGACUCAUUUGA